AUGACGACAGCAAUUUCCAGUCUUCCACCUUCCAACCAAAACACCAUAGGUAACGCCAACCCCGGCUCUUGGCAUGCGUUGGGCCGUAUCAUCACGUCCCCAAACAUUCUCAACCGCUCUCACAUUCCAGGCACACCAGCCACAGGUCUGCAGGCUGUGCCGCAGACCCAGCCGCAUGCCUAA